AUGCGCAUCGCCGCCCUCGCCCUCCUCCCCCUCCUCGCUGUACCGGCUGCGGCCGACCUGGCGCAGGACGCGUUCCAGUGGGCCGCGGACAUCAUCGACGGCAACUCGGCCCCGGCCCCCAAGUCGGACGAUGUCCACAUCAUGAAUGGCUGGAAGUACUCCGACUGCGGUCUCCCCACUGACGCGAUCACGCUCGAGAGCAUCGAGCUCUCGCCCGACCCUCCCCAGGCCGGCAAGAAUCUCACCGUCACCGUCCGCGGCAGGGCCAACGAGAAGAUUGAGGAGGGCGCCUACGCCGAUGUCACCGUCAAGCUUGGUCUGAUCAAGCUUAUUCAGAAGCGCUUCGAUGUCUGCGAGGAGGCUGCCCCAUCCAGAAGGGCGACUACACCGUCGUCCAGGAGGUCGCCCUCCCCAAGGAGAUCCCCCAGGCAAGUGUCGAUCAUCCUUCGGGUGACCCGACGCAGCUCCUAUCGGGGUAGAAACUCGGGGCCACGUCGAGAACGACACAGCUCCACCGUAGAGAUUGCGUUCCGUGUUUCCCAUCUUGCAGAUUUCUUCGGCGGUCGAGCUAACGUCUCAGCCAAGUUCGUCGUCAACGUUCGCGGCUACACUGCCGACGACGACGACAUGGUAUGCCUCGAUCUCGCUGUCGAUUUUACGAACCCCGACAAGUUCUGGUGA